GAACAAUGGGCGAGCAUCUACAGCCUCAUCAUCAGAAAUCAGGUGCUGGCUGGCCGAGAGGAGCACGCCCUUCAGCUUGUACGCGUCGCUGCAACACGCGAACGUCAAGUCACAGACUUUACGUUUAGAUUCCUCCUAGAGCACUCCUCAGACAAAGCAUUUACAGCCAGUAUUCAGGAAUUACGCGAACAAAUAUCCAGCAAUCCUUACAGCACCCCAGACGUUUGGAAUAAGCGCACUUGUUCCCACACAGAUGCCCUUGCCCUGGCUUCCCAACUGCGUUAUCUCCGACGCGCUAUCAUCUCAACGAACCCUCCCACUUCUUACUCCCUUUCUGACUUCAUGAGUGCCUACCAUGCCACCGGACGUACACGCGCCUUACUCGCUUUGCGGAAAAAGGCGUUCCAGCACUCACACAAAGCCAAGUCCCUAUGGGUCAUGGCAGAGAUGCUCUACCACCGCUCUCGCAACGAACCCCAACUGGUCCUUGUGGUCUUUGCAUACCAUUUCCACAUGAUCGGCGUCCCUCGUAGAACUGUUUUGAAAAUAUUGAGGUUAAUAUCCAAGCGCCGUGCUCGGCUUUCCCAAAGAACAUCGCUUCCAAAGCACAUGCUAAAUCGCCAAUACGAUAUCUCAGAGAAGCUAUGGCCGACGCCCUACCACACCGCCCUCGUCUGGGAAGCUCUCGUUUGGUCAACGCCGGAAAGUGACCAUGAGCGCAUGUACAAAUAUCUCCUCACCAUCGCAGAUUCCAGCGCAUCCCAGAAACCUAUUUCUCCCCCCGACUCCAAAUUCGCACCAUCGUUGCUGCAGCUCCCAAAACGCACGGUCGACGCGGCUCAUUUUUCGCCUUUUAUAAAGCUGCAUGCAAAGCGUGGCCGACCGGAGCGGGCUGCAGCUGUCUUGAGGGAUAUGGUGAGCUUUGGGUUGAGUCCUGGGGUCGUGCAGUGGAGUAUUGUGGCAAGAGGGUUUGCUGAGCAUGGGAAUCCGGCUGUGGCAGUUUCUAUCAUCGAACGCCUUGAGGAAGAUGGUGGAUCGCAUGUUCGGGCAGGCGCGAGUGGUGAUCAUGCAGACCGAGCGCCGUCGAUUCUGGACAUUGGGCUUUACACGAAUGUGCUUAGAGGGUUCGUCCUUGCAAGGAAUUUGGAACAUGCUCAGGAUAUAGAGAGGAGGAUUCGACAGAAGUUUGAGUAUGUCGGUGGCAAGUUGAGGGCUACGGAUGAUGCGCUGCGUCUGCUGCGGAACCUUGAGAGGCAGAUGGCGAGUUGAUAGAGGCGCUCGUGGUCUCAGGGGUAUUCAAGUCGAGUUGCGCUGUCACAACGUUGCACCAUGUAUACCUCCUAUCUCAUCCGGAGUCAACUAGCAUGC